AUGCUAGUUCUUUCACUUCAUACACUGCAAGGCGAGUCUUGUUUAUGGCAAGGGGGUGCAGCUCAUUCUGGUGAAUUUGGAUUGGAAGGAAAUGAUGAAGCUAUCCUAUCAUGGAGUUUCUGCGGUCUUGCCAAUAACAAGAGCAUCCCUCCUGUUGCUGACAUGAGAUAUGAAUCAUUCUUGGACAAAUCAAAGCAGGACAUAGAGUCUUCAGGGUUGGUGCUGGGAAGCUUUUGGAUCCAUAGGAUGGGCAAAAAGAGUAAAUCAAAAACUCCCAGAGAGAUGCAAGAUAAUACAGCUGCUGUAGAUGAGGAAGAACCCCCAUCUUCGGCCAAUAAAUUGCUGAAUCAUUGGAACACUUGGAGAGCAAUGAGGGUGAUCCUGAGCUACUUGUUUACACUCCAUCUCCAUAGUCCGAUCUGUAUCAGUUUGAGUAUGGGAUUCAACCUUAGUAGCAUCUCCAGCAUUUCAAUUAUUGGUGGUGCUGAUGGAUCAAGUCCUUCCAAGAUGAGGGCUGGCAUAGUUCUUGAAGAAGGUAUGCAUUCAUCUGUGAAAGACAUUCUUGCAAACGUUGAUCCUAUUGAUGUUGCCAGAAGUAUUGCAAGGUUAAACCCAGAAACUACCCUCAGGAAAAACUGGGGGACCAAGCCAGGAAAAGAUUCAAUCCACUCAAUUGUAAAGUACAAGUGUUGGUCCGUCGCAAAUCUCGCGGCUUGGUGUUCCGGGUCGAGGGGAUGUGCGUCAACACGUGACGUCCUCCUUUUGGAUGCGGUACGGUUGUGCGCGGGCGUGCCAGCACGGUCUACCGUGCGUCGAGAUGAUGAUGAGGUUCGGGUUAGAAGAUGGUUUAAAUGUUGCGCCUGUUUUGCGUUUGACUUCCAAUCAAACGAUCGUGGCCGAGUGAGGAACGAAUCUCGGCCGUCAGGUUCACGGCCUGAGCUACAAGGCCGUUUAGUGGUGGUGUUGGUGGCGGGUUUUAGGCGGUGCUUCGGCGCGUUGCUCAAAGAGCGACGGUCGUAUGAUAUAUGGGGUGAGUGA